GCAGCAGCAGCAGGCAUCUCCCUGGCACCAUGUGGCUGCUCUGGGUUUCCUGGGUGGCGCAGCUGGUCGCGGCUGCAACCGGCUUGGUGGAUCAGGAGCAGUUGUGCCCGAAGCCGGCUGUGUCUCCCAAUACGAUUCUGGUUCAGCCAGGGAUGAACGUCACCCUGCCCUGCCUGCAGGGGGAGAUAGAGAACAUCACUCAGGUGCACUGGAUGUUCAAUGGAAGGAACCUGAGCGCAUCCACCGGUAGGCAGGUGAUCCCCAGACCCAGCCUCUACCUGCCGUCGGUAUAUUUCAAUGACUCCGGCCGCUACUCUUGCUACACCGACAGCCGCCUCCUCCUUUGCUCCCUGCGCCUGGUGGUAGAAGAACCUCCAGAGGCGCCAAACUUCACCUGCUUCCGAAAGAGCUUAGCCAAAGACAUUUUCUGCGAGUGGAAAACGCCGCGUGGGAUGUCCAGCCACACCAAGGCCAGGAUGUGGGUGCAGAAAAAUUUUGUCGGGGUGAACCGCGUCGAGCAGGCCUGCCGCUAUUACGCCAAGUCCCGGAAGUUCUCUUGCCGCAUCGAAGGAAUCGCUGACGACGUGCACAUCCUGAAGGUGUCCGUCUGCAUCUCCAACUUGGCGGGAGCCCUGAGCAGCCACACCUUCAUCAGCACCGAAAAUCUGUUGAAGCCAGACCCACCGAUCGACGUGGAGGUGAGGAACGUGGAGAUGCACCCCCACAAGCUGCUUGUGACCUGGCGCAAACCCCCCUCUUGGGGUUCCUCCUUCUUCCGCCUGCAGUUCGAGAUCCGCUACCGGGCGGAAGCCUCAGCAGCAUACAACAAGAUUCACCUUCGGGAUGAACACACUUCCUACACUAUCUCUGACGUGAUGGCAGGUGUCCAGCACAUUGUCCAGGUGCGGGCCCGGGAAGAAUUCAACCAAGGAAUCUGGAGCGAAUGGAGCCGGGAGAGCUUUGGAGUGCCCUGGACAGAAACCAAGGACCGCGACUCAGAAACCACGCCGGUCCCAUCAGAGGUAAGUCAUUCCCACGAGAAGCAGGGCCUUUUGGGUUGUGGCUCCAGAGCAGUUGAUCCUUUUGCCAGCACCAUUGAGCCCAAGUGCACUUCUGAGCUCCCUGUCGUCAUGAGUAAGCCGACAGUGGAAUACGCUGCCUCUUCGCCUCUGUACUUGUUCCUCAUCAUGGCCGUAAGCGUGACUGGAAUUGUUGGCGUCUUGGUCGUUGGAGUCAUUCUCCGGUACAGGAAAAAAUGGGGGACGUCGCCUUGCGGAGAAGAGAAAUCCAGCACCCCGCCACCACACUCCCUGACCCUCAUGGCUCCUGAGCCUCCUCUGAGCGCAUCUCCUCUCCUCUCCCCUCCGGCCUCGCCCUUCAGCGAGAGCUCUGUCGACACCCCGAGCAUCCCGUUGAACAGCCCCUACGAUGUUUCGAACGCAGACUAUUUCUUGAUGCCGUAGUAGCCGACAGAUGUCGGAUUUAGGGAGGUUAUUGGGUGCCGCAGCGUCCCCGGAU